AUGACGCAUUGUUUGGCGUAUCUUACGGCCAGCAGCUCUUUUAUCUCAACAUUCGGGUAUCCGACAAGCAGUCCGCCUUAUCCGAAGCCGGUGAGCUACUUUUUAGCUGUGAUUUGUUUGUUUUUUUUUUAAUUUUAGGCGUAUAUGCAACAGGACGAAAGAAACGACCAGCCGUUCUCCUCCUCGGAUUUGGAUUAUAUCAGACUGGUAAAUUGAAAAUCAUUUAGAAUAAACCCUUAUUUCUCAAAAAGUAGGAAAUUGUGCAGACUUCUAGAACCUUCUUCUGGUACAUCAAGGAGCGUUCUGGCCAAUUUUCAGAAAAUUUCCAACCGCAAAGUAGAAUGACCUCCUCUUUAAAAAACCGUCUUUUUGAAAACUUUGCUCUUUUUUAUUGGUUUGUCUCAAGAUUGAAAGAGAGUCCAGGAAAAUGUGAAAAAUUGUUUUAUUCAUUCUCAGUUGCUUCAAAAAGGACUGCUUGACGGAUAGCUGUAAGAGAAUGGUUGUAUGCUUCCACACAGCAACUCGCGCUUGACUUUAUAAUUAUAGAAAAGUUUUUUUUUUCAGUUUUAGAGGAAUCUAAGAUCUGCCUUGACCAGUGUUUGAACUUCUCUCAGAAAAACUAUUUCAGCUCACUAAUGCUUCACAAAGCGCGUUGAACAAUGUGAACAGUCUGUUGGGCUCUCAAUCUCGACCUUAUCCUUGGUAUCCGCCGCCUCCUACCCCAGGACCAGUUAGUUUUCCUUUCAAUUUCAUUUUCUGGUUCAUAGGAAAAACCUUCCUGAGUUUUCCUAAAUGAAUAGUUUUGACUUGUCAUAUUUUACGAAACAAAAUGGCUUUUUUUGUUCAUUAGCCUCCACCCACAGCCGCUCCACCGCCUGUAAGUUUGCUUGUGAGCCACCGCAUUUCAAUUCACGCUUCCGUUUUCGUUUGGCUUGCACGCUCUCGAUUCCCGACUAGUUAACAAGAAAAUCGAAAACCUUCGCAAGAAGAAAAAGUCAGAUUAACGUGCUCGGAUCGUGGAGCCAAUAAAUUGACAUUGGGCAUUAUAACGAAGGCGGUGAGGUUGAACAAACAGCCGUAUGAUUCACUCUUGCUGUUUCCUCCCUGAAUCUUCUCGUUUUCCUAUUUUCCUCAUUCAUACUCAUGAAUAGACUGUAUAGAAGCUCUACGGUAGCGUCAGACAGUCGGGAUCACGACGAGGUUUUUUAUUCUACGGUCAGAGUUCCUACGGUUUUUGUCAAAGUUUUUCGAGCAAGACUGAUUGAGUUUAAAUUAGAGAGUUUGAAAUGAAGACUCGUUUUUCUUUCAAAUUUUCUGAAGUUCUCGAAAAAAAGCCUGUUGUUAAGCGGAAAAUCCGAAGGAUACUUUUUUCCAAUGAACAAAACGUCAGAAAGCAAAACAAGUGAUUUUUGCAUUUUUGAGAAGCUCCUGGAAAGUGUGAAGAAAUUUUUUUUCUUGAGCUUUAGUAAGGGAAAUACAAGUUCAACGAUUUUCAUUGACCUCAAUAUUCGAAGUUGCGUCAGACUUGUGACCUAAGAGUACACAAAAAGGGUAAAAUGAUUUCCAAACGCAUAAAGCUUCUCAAAUAAUUGUUUAUGAAUAACGAAAAAAAAGAAAGCGAGAAAAAAUGAUCCACCUUUUUGAAGGCUCCGACUGAACCGCCGUAUUAUGACCCUUACAACGGCAAUCACAACAGUUGGAACCGUGACUCGAACAAUUCCCGUAAGUGAACUUUUUGAAAAAGUCAGAUUUGAAAAAUUUUAAAAUAUCAUAUUUUUCUUGAAACUUUUAAUGGAAAAAGUGAUUUCUAGUUCUGACUAGUUUUCAUCCUACCAGGAAAAUGUAACAAUUACAGUUGCGCUAGGACUGGGGAUAGGAAUCCCCUUGGGCGUACUCGUUUUAUGUUGCUUCGUCGUGAUCAUCAUUUGCUGCUACCGUCGUCGGAAAAACAAUAUCAGCCGUUUUCCACUUCCUGGCCCGGCAACGAAAAAUGCAUAUGAACCACAACUCGACAGUCCUUCUGUUUCCACGUUAGUUUGAAGCGUCGCUCACAGUUUCAUUUCUUAUAUUUUUAGAUACGACCCGUGGGCUUUGGGAAGGGAGCUGCUCAAUAUAAAUUAUUCGAAAAAGCUUGGAAGUGGAGCUUUCUGCAACGUGUUCACAGGUGAUUUUUUUGAUUUUUUCGUUGAGGCCGUUUUGUACUGUUGAAACGUAUUAUGCAGCGCGACUUCGAAUUUUGUUGUAGUGAAAUAUGUGUAAAGCCAUAAUGACAUUUUUAAUGCAUUUUUAAGGAUUUUAGAGUGGUCCCUAUAGGGGUUUAGGUAAUUUUUCCAUAGGCUCUAAAGCUCAAGUGGUCCCUAUAGGGAUCGUUCAAUUUUCUUCAAAAGGUUAUUUUUCAUAGUUUUUUGCAGAAAAUGCUUCUCCGCAUAGAGUUCAUAAAAUUUAUUGAUUAGCAUGUCUCCCAUAGGGACCACUAACUGGAACCUUAAAACCACUUUUACAAGCUUCAGUGGCCCCUAUAGGGGUUGGUAAAGUGAUCCCUAGGGGGGACCCUUCAAGCUCCCUGGUUGUUUCUAUAAGGACCACUCUGGAGUUCCUGUGUUGACCGCUAUAAUAUAUAUGAGUCUCAACAUAUUGUUAGGUUUGAAUCGAGUAUAGCAUCUCGUAUGAAAAUGAACUAAGUUUCUCAAAAAAAAAACUUCAUUCACGAGCAGUAUUCCCUUUCUUCAAUGAUCACAUUGGACUUUGAGAAAAAAAAAGCAAAAAAAUGAAAAAUGAUAAAAAGUUCAGGUCACAUAACUGGCGAGUCACCAGUAGCCCAUGUCUACCCUGGCGUCAGAACUGCGGUACUUCGAGAUUGUCCCGUAGCUGUCAAAAUGCUGCCAGCUUUUGCCGACGAAAUAGCCCGAUCCGAUUUCAUGCAGGUUAUUCAAUGCUCCAUUGAUAUUUUGAAAACGCGCUCUCAGGAAAUUAAUUUCAUGAAGUCGCUAGCCUAUCACCCACAUUUGGUUUCAAUGCUGGGUUAUGUACCGGACAGGAAAGCGCCUUUACUUUUGGUGGAAUAUUGCGAGAAGGGCGAUCUUCUGCACUUGAUUCGAAGCAAACGAGAUGAAAUAAUCCAGGUUUUCUUUUCUGAAUUUUGGAAUCUUACUGAAGUAUGAUACAGGGCCCAAGUGUGUACCCCAACGGCCUGAACAUCAAAGAUUUGCUGAUGUUUUCCUGGCAAAUCAGCAGCGGUUUGGUGAGUUAAUGACAUCAUUUGAUUCAUUUUUAAAACGUAAAACCUGUAGGAAUUACUUGAUUAGUGAUUUGAGUUCACUUUUCUGGAGCUUUCUUGAGCUGGGAAGGUGACAGCAAAACUUGAUUUGAUGUUAGUUUUUGAAUUUACAGUUAAAAAAAAUAAAGUCUCGGUCACAACUUUCUUGUAUUUUCAGUAUUUCUGAAACUUUCUGGAGUUAUGAUGACUGUUUCUUAACACUCUGGUGAAGUUUCAGUUCCCAGAAAAAUAAAAAAAGCAGCUUUUAGAAACUUUCAGGAAGAUUGUAUUCACUACAAGGUUAUGACCGAAAUCGCAAUUUUUCCGUUUCUUUUCUGACGGUACCGUACUGCAUAAUUUUUUGGCUCAAGUAGCCGUUAAUGCAUACUAAGUAGUUAGACGCUUGAAGCAUAUUCUUGCAAGUGCGCCCGACUAUCAAUGACUUGCGCAAGUUGAAGCUUUAAAGCGAGCUGUAAAAUCCGAGUUUGCCGGAAAACCCAUUCCGAUCACUAAAUGAAAAACCAACGCUAAAAUCUCUGAAAAAUCCGAAAUCUUCUUUAUGUUGCCUUUUAGAUCAAAAAAUUUCAAGGAGCUUGUUAAUUAUUUAUAUUCCGAUUGAAAUAGUAAUCACAUAUUAUUCCAGGAAUAUCUCAACAGCGCGGGCUGCAUCCAUCGAGACAUAGCCGCAAGAAAUGUCCUCGUCGACGGAACCAACACUUGCAAAGUCUGUACUUUAUGUUCCUCAUUACAUUCCAUGACUCAUUCAGAUUGGAGAUUUUGGUCUGUGCCGUUUGACUGACAGCCUGUUGUACACUGCCAGAGGGGGUCGAUUGCCUCUCAAGUGGAUGGCGCCGGAAUCCCUUUCAACGUAUGAAUACUCGUUCAAGAGUGAUGUGUGAGUUGUUUUGGACUUCUUUGAAACUUAGGGUUUUGAGAUUCUGACAGAAAACAUCGAAAAAAUUUUAAAAAAGGGCACAAGAAAGUCGGUAUCCAUUCAAAAAACCCAAAUUUCAAGAUAUUUAUGAUUGCUUCAGAACAUUGAUUGUACUAUUAUAACUCCAUACCAAUUUUUUCGACUUCAGUUGGUCUUACGGCGUUCUGCUUUGGGAGCUUUUUUCCCUCGGAGAAGUACCAUAUGCCGACAUACAAACGACAGAUCUUCUUGAACACUUGAGAUCAGGACAAAGACUCAGUCAGCCAGCUUUUUGCCCGGAAGAAAUGUUCGUAUUUCUUUUUUUAAAAAUUUAAAUAAGAGAAAUUCAGAUUCGCGGUCAUGAGUUUAUGUUGGAAGUGGGACGCCGGACAUCGACCGACUUUCCAGGAGAUUUGUCAAACUCUUGCUACAAUGCUGGAGAGCGCAACCGAAAGUUAUGGGUAUUUGGUCCCGACUCGGCGAGAAAGGAAAUCGGAGCCUGAAAUGUGCGACAACGUCUGA